AUGGCUCUCAACGCUCUGAGAAGGCGCAUUCGCCAGCAAGAACUCCUCGAUUUCUCGUUGAUGGACGUGUACGAGAAGAUGCAAAUGGAUCAUCUAAAUCUAAGGGAGUGGCUGCGAUCCAUUGGGCUGCUGGCGUUGCCAUUGUGCCCUCUUUGUCAAGGAUCUAUGAGUCACAGAAACGAUGAGCACCACAACGGAUGGGUGUGCCACCGUCGAUCACGCCGAACUGGGCCAUCGAACGAAACGAAGGUGUAUGUUCCAGCUCGAAAAGGCUCCUUCUUCAAAAAGUCGAACCUCGCAGAGUUCGCCGUGUUUGCGCUCAGCUAG